AUGUUCUCCAAGACAAUCCUUGCAGCCGUCGUGCUCGUGGCGGCCUCCGCCACGCUCGCGGAGCCGCUGCCGCCCACGCCCUGCCUCAAGGCGUGCUUCCCCAAGGACCACGUCUGCGGUGAAGGGCAGGUUCUGGUCCCGCCUACGGGCGACGGCGGCUGCUUCGUGUGCUGCGUCGCGCCCUCGCCCCCACCAGAGCCUCGCGAGGUCUGCUUGGCUGUAUGCCUCCCCGAGGACGCCGUAUGCCCUGACGGACGCCCCUUGUCAGGCGGAAACGGCUGCUUCAACUGCUGCGGGCCCAAGUAA